AAAUCCGCGCGCUAUUACGCGGCCAGGGUAGCUCUAGAAGAUUGUCUGCAGUACGUUGUCUUUAGAGUAGGAAUUGCAAUGUCAGGCCGGGGAAAGCAGGGAGGCAAAGCGAGGGCUAAGGCGAAGUCUCGCUCCUCGCGGGCUGGGCUGCAGUUCCCGGUGGGGCGUGUGCACCGGUUGCUCCGCAAAGGUAAUUACGCUGAGCGGGUCGGGGCUGGAGCUCCGGUCUAUAUGGCCGCGGUGCUGGAGUAUCUGACCGCUGAGAUUCUAGAGCUGGCUGGCAAUGCUGCUCGGGACAACAAGAAAACCAGGAUCAUCCCCCGUCACCUGCAGCUCGCUAUCCGUAACGACGAGGAGCUCAACAAGCUCCUGGGGAAAGUGACGAUCGCUCAGGGGGGUGUCCUGCCCAACAUCCAGGCCGUGCUGCUACCCAAGAAAACUGAAAGCCAUAAGGUCAAAAGCAAAUGAAACUGACCAAGAAGAAAGAUGAACACUUCAACUUCAGCGCUAACCCAAAGGCUCUUUUCAGAGCUACCUACUCUUUCAUGGAAAGAGCUGCAUGUCACUAGCAAACAGGGCUGCUCCUUCUGUUUUAAAUAGAAAAUUCCCCCCAUUUACUAUGGGUUGUCAAAAAGCAUUUAUUAGUAAUCCCCCCAUUCAUUUUUCAGGAAUA